GCCCAGAGCUUCUCCCAACUUUUCCUUAGCCGCCCGAUGGCUGUGCCCUGGGGCACCCUCCUAGCCCCGGGGACUGGGCAUCUCUCUGCCUACCCACCUUUUCCUGGGCCCUCCCGCUGGGUCCCCAUCCCUCUACCUCAUAAGCGCGGACUACUCUGAGCAAAGCCAGCCCCGAGGACCCAGACUAGAGACUUUAGAGGGUGGACGCCAGCGCCGGAGAGAGGGGCGUGUCCCUCCCGGCCUCGGCCCAAGCUCAACCUCUUCCCCGUCCUUUCCCCGCCCCCCACCUCCCCGGCCCGCCCCCUCCCCGAGGCGGCGCUGAAGGAGGGCGAGGCGGCCCCCACCCCGGGUCAGUCUCUCCUCGCUCAGUGACUGCGCAGCGCGAAGCGGAGCCCGAGCUCCAGCCAUGGCUGCCAUUCGGAAGAAGCUGGUGAUCGUGGGGGAUGGUGCCUGUGGGAAAACCUGCCUCCUCAUCGUCUUCAGCAAGGACCAGUUCCCCGAGGUCUACGUCCCCACCGUCUUUGAGAACUACAUUGCUGACAUCGAAGUGGACGGCAAGCAGGUGGAGCUGGCAUUGUGGGACACAGCCGGGCAGGAAGACUAUGACCGACUCCGACCUCUCUCUUACCCCGACACGGAUGUCAUCCUCAUGUGCUUCUCCAUUGAUAGCCCCGACAGCCUUGAGAACAUCCCUGAGAAGUGGACUCCAGAAGUAAAGCACUUCUGCCCCAACGUCCCCAUCAUCCUGGUGGGCAACAAGAAGGACCUGAGGCAGGACGAGCACACGCGCAGAGAGCUGGCCAAGAUGAAGCAGGAGCCCGUGAGGUCAGAGGAGGGCCGGGACAUGGCCAAUCGGAUCAGCGCCUUUGGCUACCUUGAGUGUUCCGCCAAGACCAAGGAGGGGGUCCGAGAAGUGUUUGAGAUGGCCACUCGGGCUGGCCUGCAGGUCCGAAAGAACAAGCGGCGACGGGGCUGCCCUCUGCUCUGAGCUCCCCGCCCAAGGCCCACACAGCGGACUCCAUGUUGCUAGUUCUUGGACCCUUCCUGCCCAAGGCUGCGUGUGUUCUAAUCAUGCCCCCCUGCUCUUGAUCCUUUGGGGGGCCCCUCAUGGGCACUAGAGCUUAGAUGGCCUUUACUCCCACCUGAUAGGAGACUGGGCUUUCCUGAUCACAGAGCAGGGGUAGGGGGUGAGGGGGAGAGGCCUCAACUGCUUCUCCCACCCUAGGGGUCACCCACCAGCAUUUUUUUACAUAACUAGGAAGGGAGGCUUCUCCCCCCACCCCACUUUAGGCAUGGCUGAGGGUUAAUUCUCAUCGAGGAAGACAAUAAAAGCCUAUGGGAACUCUCCCA